UGCUGGCUGCGGCGGGAGGUGGACCCGGAGUCGGCGGCGGCGGCGGCGGCGGCGGCGCAAGAGCAGUGAACCAUGGAGCUGUAUUUUGGUGAAUAUCAACACGUGCAGCAGGAAUACGGCGUCCAUCUGAGACUCGCAAGUGAUGAAACCAAAAAAUCAAGGAAUUCCCAGCCCUCGAAGGCAGGUUCUUAUGGUGUCAGUAUUCGGGUACAGGGAAUUGAUGGCCAUCCCUACAUAGUCCUGAAUAACACAGAGCGCUGUCUGCCGGGUACAUCUUUUUCUGAAAAUGGGCCCUCAUUUCCAUCUCCAGUGAUAAAUAACCUGCCUGUGCAUCCCAGCAAUGGGGCUGGGCUAGAGGAGAACAGCACAGAAGAACAGCAGCUUCCAGAAAACCCGUAUGCCCAACCCAGCUCAAUAAGAGCCCUGAAACAACCCUCUCCCUUUGAGGGCAAGAAUGGAGUUCUAGAAUGCAAAGAGGGGCCCAUGAAGCCAUCCCACGUACUGAACUUUCAGAGGCAUCCAGAGCUUUUGCAGCCCUAUGAUCCUGAGAAGAAUGAGUUGAACUUACAAAAUCACCAACCUCCCGAGAGUAAUUGGCUAAAAACCUUAGCAGAAGAAGGUACUAACAAUAAGAAGGGUUGGACUUGCUUCCCCAAACCUAGUAGUUCCUUGCCUACCAGCCCUCCUGUGGAAGACCUGGCCAAAUCCAACGUGACGGCCAUUCGUUUAUGCAGCUCGGUGGUCAUAGAUGACCCCAAGAAGCAGACCUCAGUGUGCGUGAAUGUGCAGAGCUGCACCAAGGAGGGGCUGGUAGAGGAGGCUCUUUCCCCUAGCGGGAGGCCCCUACCUGCACACAGCCCACACGCCUUCUCCGAACCGAAGAAGACCAGGCCAGACGUGCUUCCCUUUCGGCGACAAGAUUCAGCUGGUGCCAUCCUGGAUGGAGCACGGUCUCGGAGAUCUUCCUCAUCGUCGACUACGCCCACUUCGGCCAACUCCUUGUACAGAUUUUUACUUGAUGAUCAAGAAUGUGCCAUCCAUGCUGACAAUGUGAAUCGUCAUGAAAACAGAAGGUAUAUCCCCUUCUUGCCCGGAACUGGGCGCGAUAUCGAUACGGGAUCAAUUCCUGGCGUAGAUCAAUUAAUUGAAAAAUUUGACCAAAAACCCGGAAUGCAGAGAAGGGGAAGGUCUGGGAGGCGAAACAGAAUCAAUCUAGAAGACAGGAAGAGGUCCAGAAGCGUGGAUAGCGCCUUUCCUUUUGGUCUCCAAGGGAACUCGGAGUACCUAAACGAAUUUAGCAGGAACUUGGGCAAGUCCAGUGAACACCUCCUGCGCCCCUCUCAGGUGUGGCAGCGGCCGCCAGCUCAGGAGAACCGUGGGAAACAGAGCAUGGGCCGCGCCUCCACCAAGCUUCAGGGAGCCCACCCCAGGCCUCCCCAGCAGAGCAAAGAGGGGAAAGUUCUAGAAAGCAAAGGCAGUCAGGAAAGUACAACCACACAUGCAACUUCCCUCCCAGCACAGAAUAAGAAGGAGGAGGAGAUCAAAACAGCCACUGCUACACUGAUGUUACAGAAUCGGGGCCUAGCAACUUCACCUGACUCUGGUGCCAAGAAGAUUUCUGUGAAGACAUUUACUUCCACCUCAAAUACUCAGGCCACACCGGAUCUCUUAAAAGGCCAGCAGGAACUCACUCAACAAACCAAUGAGGAGACGGCCAAGCAGAUACUUUACAAUUACCUCAAAGAAGGAAGCACAGAUAAUGAUGAUGCUACUAAAAGAAAAGUCAACCUGGUCUUUGAGAAAAUCCAGACUUUGAAGUCUCGAGCAGCAGGGAGCACACAAGGAAAUAAUCAAGCAUCUAAUUCAUCAUCUGAAGUCAAAGAUCUAUUGGAACAGAAAAACAAGUUGACCACAGAAGUGGCUGAACUUCAGAGACAGCUUCAACUAGAAGUCAAGAAUCAACAGAACCUCAAAGAAGAGAGAGAAGAAAUGAAAGCAAACUUAGAAGAGCUCCAGAACCAGCAUGACAAGAAGGUGGAAGAGAACUCCAUGCUGCAGCAGCGCCUGGAAGAAAGUGAAGGGGAACUCCGGAAACACCUGGAGGAGCUGUUCCAGGUGAAGAUGGAACGGGAACAGCACCAGACUGAGAUCAGAGAUCUCCAGGACCAGCUCUCAGAAAUGCACGAUGAAUUGGACAGUGCUAAACGAUCUGAGGACAGGGAGAAGGGGGCUCUGAUUGAGGAACUCUUACAGGCAAAACAGGACCUUCAAGAUCUGCUUAUCGCCAAAGAGGAGCAGGAAGACCUCUUGAGGAAGCGGGAGCGUGAACUCACCGCCCUGAAGGGAGCCCUGAAAGAAGAGGUUUCCAGUCACGACCAGGAGAUGGAGAAGCUGAAGGAGCAGUAUGACGCCGAGCUGCAGGCCCUGAGGGAGAGUGUGGAAGAGGCGACCAAGAAUGUCGAGGUCCUGGCCAGUCGGAGCACGGCUUCCGAGCAAACCCAGGUCGGGGCUGAGGCGCAGGUGAAGGCCCUGGAGGAGGAGAACGAGAAGCUGCGGGGAAGCCUUGCAGAACUGGAGCAGAGCGUUGCUCGGCUUCAGAGGCAGGUUGCUGACCUCAAAGACGACGAAGCCAAGGCCAAGGAAGCCCUCAGAAAAUACGAGGGGGAGGCUUGGCAAUUAGAGGAGGCCCUUGUGCGUGCAAGAAAGGAAGAAAAAGAAGCCACGGCAGCCAGAAGGGCCCUGGAGAGUGAGCUAGAAGAUGCUCAGAGAAAUCUGAGUCGGGCCACCCAGGAGCAGAAGCAGUUGUCUGAGAAGCUAAAAGAUGAGACCGAGCAGAAGGAGCAGUUAAGGAGACUGAAGAAUGAAAUGGAAAAUGAGCGGUGGCACCUUGACAAGACCAUUGAAAAACUGCAGAAGGAGAUGGCUGACAUUGUCGAGGUGUCCCGCACAUCAACGCUGGAACUCCAGAACCAGUUGGAUGAAUACAAGGAGAAAAACCGCAGGGAGCUUGCAGAAAUGCAAAGGCAGUUGAAGGAGAAAACCCUAGAGGUAGAAAAGUCCCGCCAGACUGCUGCAAAAAUGCAGGAGGAGAUGCGCCUGAUGGAGGAAGAGCUCCGGGACUACCAGCGAGCUCAGGAUGAGGCACUCACAAAGAGGAAGCUUCUGGAGCAGACGCUGAAGGACCUGGAGUACGAGCUGGAGGCCAAGAGUCACCUCAAAGAUGACCGCAGCCGACUGGUCAAGCAGAUGGAGGACAAGGUGUCUCAACUGGAGAUUGAACUGGAAGAAGAAAGAAAUAACUCGGAUUUGCUGUCUGAGAGGAUCACUCGGAGCAGGGAACAGAUGGAGCAGAUGAGGAAUGAGCUCCUUCAGGAAAGAGCUGUGAAGCAAGACCUGGAAUGUGACAAGAUUUCCCUGGAGAGACAGAACAAGGACUUAAAGAGCAGGAUUAUCCACCUGGAAGGUUCCUACCGGUCGAGCAAGGAGGGGCUGGUGGUGCAGCUGGAGGCCAGGAUCGCAGAGCUGGAGGACCGGCUCGAGAGCGAGGAGAGGGACCGCGCCAGCCUCCAGCUCAGCAACCGACGCCUGGAGCGGAAGGUGAAGGAGCUAGUGAUGCAGGUGGACGAUGAGCACCUGUCGCUGACUGAUCAGAAGGACCAGCUGAGCCUGCGCUUGAAAGCAAUGAAGCGACAGGUAGAGGAAGCUGAGGAGGAGAUCGACAGACUCGAAAGCUCUAAAAAGAAGCUGCAGAGGGAGCUGGAGGAGCAGAUGGACGUGAACGAGCAGCUGCAGGGACAGCUCAGUUCCUUGAAGAAGAACUUAAGCAGACAGAAAAAGCUGCCCAGUAAAGUGCUGGACGACAUGGACGACGACGACGACCUCAGCACCGACGGGGGGAGCCUCUACGAGGCGCCGCUGAGCUACACCUUCCCCAGGGAUGCCGCCAGCCAGAUCUGAGCCCACUUCCGGCGCUGUGGAGCUGGCCCGUCUUUCCUCCCAGGGACCUUCGGCCGCCCACAGCACGAAGCGGGAAAGGCAGCGCCCAUCUGGAGCUGAGAUCUCUGACUGCCUCUUCACAGAACCAGCCGAUUCCUCCGCGCUCCAUUCCUCCUCGGAUCUCUGAGUGGCAGUGUGGCUCUUGUGUCUUAGGCAGGGAGCCCCUGCAGUUUCAAUGCUGAGACGCCUGAGGCCUGGCAGCCGCCACCUACGUGGGUGUUUCGGGAAAUAUUACCUGGCAGGCUGAAGUCCUCUCUGCACAGCUGUCUGCCAGACCAUUUGCAAUGCUGCUCCUCCCUCCUUUGCCUUCCCCCCGCCAGGAGAAAGGGUCCAAAAUGCUAGUUCUAGUUAAUAGCCACUGUGCAUGGCGGGAAAGGAUGUACAGGCUGUGUAUAUUUUCAAGCAGACCUUUUCAUGACUGCUGCUGUUCCAUUUUGGAAUGUUACAGAGGCUCCUUCGGGCGGCCUGUUUGUCAAGGUCACACAUCUAUAUCGAGUGUUAUUUUUUUAAACAUGAAGCUACUAGAUUUUAAGUAUUAAGGAGCAGAGGCAAGAUAGAGAAGGUAGAAUAAAAACUGCUUUGAACGUCAGAGUUGGAAAAAAGAAUUGUUGUGAUGAUAAGGGACAAUUAACCCUGAGAAGAGACACUCAGGUGGUCUUGGUGAAGAGCUUGCUGAUGGAAGGAGAGAGAACCAGAAGGUUGCUUGUAUCUGUGGCCUUGGUUAUUAAUUUUAUCUAGAACAUGGUUACAAUUUCUGAUCCAUGCUGAGACCAGUUCCCAAUCACCAGGUGUCAUUUCUUUUACACAGGGGGUUGGGAGACAUAAGCAAGGUUUUUGACAAAUGAUGGGGCCCUCCUGUCGUUUCUUAUUGGUCCUUUCCUCCCCCCUCCUACCACAGGCCUCUGAAUGGGGCUCUCCUGGUCCUCGAAUGGGGUGGCUGCGGAAUAAGAGGAUAUGGGGGCAAAGCCCGUGGACUUAGGGGUGAGGAAGAGGCAGGCGGUGUCCAGUUGGGUCAUAGGGAAAAGGAGAAGAGAGAAGAGAUAAGCAGGUAUGUGUGGGUUUGGGUAGGAAGGAAGAGAAGGAAGAAGUUCCUGAAAGCUGGGGAGAGGUGUAGACAGGAUCAAGCAGGGUCUCAGAUUUAUGUCAGGAAAGGGAGGAAGGAAACAUAUCAGAUUGAGUGUCUGUGCAAACCGGGAGGCGCCUUCCAACUGCCUGGGACAGAGGGACACCGGGCAGCACCAGGCACGAAGUGACGGAUUGGUGAGGUCUGCGACACGGCCAUGUUGCAGGGACAGAAUUACAGGGAGCAUGGUGGUGGGAGAAUGCAGGGAACACCAGCACUUUCUCCUGGCCUUCCUGGUGUCUCCUCCCUGUGUGACAGUCCCCAGGCACACCCAGAGGCCAGGGCCAGUCACAGCUGGGCCCUCACAGGUCAGGGCCAGGGAGGGAACCCUGUGGGCUGUGCGCAUGUAUGGGGCAGAGGUGACAAUGCUAACCUGCUUCAGCAGUGUGCCCACGCACCCCAGGAGAUGGACCUGUGAGCUCCGUGACAGUCGCCAUGGGGGAGCAGGGAAUCUCAGCGCCCGACCUUGCCCGUGUCACAGAGCCCACUAAACAGGAUUCAGAGCAUCAGCCUGGUUCUAGGGCAGGCGUGAUCCCCCCUCAGGUGAGGCCCCUGGAGCAGGAGAGCCAGGGCCCCUCCAGCUCUGAUUUGGAGAGGGGACAGAUUCCUCCCUUUAGCCAUUCAUUCAUUUAGCAGGUAUUUGUUGAGCAUCUACAAUGUGGCAGUCAUGGUCCUUGGCACUGGGAAUGUAACAGUGAAUGAAGUGGGUCAGAAUCGCUUCAUGCUGAAGCGCAGUCAGGGAAAAGGGAACGAUAGACAAUAGUCAUGCAAACAGACACAGGCUGAGCCCCUGCCCAGCCCUGGAUUCCCUCUGUCCUCUUGGGGCUGCAACAAGCCUGCAGUUGGUUGACUGGCUCGCUGGAGCUCCCACUGCGACCCUCACUAUGUUCAUGAUUUCCUGCUGCUUCCACCGUCGUUAGGUAUUUGCUGAGAAGCCUGCCCAGUGAUGCCGCAGUGCACUCACAACUGAGGCUGGGAGCGAGUGAGUGUCUGUCUUGGUUUGUAAGAAAGUCCUUGUCCCUUAUUUUGGCCAAUUCAUUCUGGUCAAUCCCACGGGCUGGCUGCGAGAAGCAAAGAUGCCCAUGAAAAGAGAACAGAUCACCAGUCAGAAGCCUUGAAUCCUUACCCUAAAUGAUGGCCCAUUUUAAGUGUUAAAUGUGCUAUUCUUCACAGUAUUGGAGCUGGCAGUGAGCUGGAUGCAUGCAGUGUAGCUUUGCAGUGGCAAGAGUACUGCUCUAGGUGUUGAAUGAGGUGUUCUCAAGUCCAGAUUUAUCUUUUCCCAGUGACCUUGACGGGGCACAUGUCCUUAGAGCCAUGAGGUGCCCAGAAUAAAUGAGGCUUCAUUCCAGCUCCGACAUGCUCUCAUUCUUUGUUUUUAUUAUAUACACUUUUUUUUUUUUGUCUAUUGCUUUAAAAACUAACCCCAACUGAAGAAUAUUUUCUUUAGCUAGCUUAAAAAGAUAUUUUAUUUAAUAAACAAAUAUGUGGCCAAAUGCAAUGCCGAGGAGACAAUCAUCAUCUAUCUUUAUAAUUGUUUUUCCUGCUUCUGAGAGUCAUUUGAACGCCAGUCGGCUUACUCUGUUGGGUUUCUGCGUUCGGGUCUGGUUUGGUUGCUUCGGUUUGUCAUGGGGAAGAGACAUUCAUAUGCAGCUACCUCCAUGUAAGUGAACUGGAUCAAACAAGAUUGCCUUUCAAUAAACAGUGUC